AAUCAGAAAACACUACGAGCUGAAACAUAUUGUGGACUAGCAGAUUAUUUAUCUGUUGCUGCUAAGGAAAAAGAUGUUGUAGUAGGAUUAAGUGAAUAUAAAAUGCAAGAAAAAUCCCACACUAUAAUUCAAUUACCUAUACAUUUGCCAAAAAACCAAACUGUUUAUUUCAAUAAUGGAAAUGAGGCUGAGGCUCUUGAUUCUUUGCAAGCUCAAAAUACAAUGCUAACUGCAUGGUUUGAAUUAAAUAAACAGGAUACUGAUGCUAAAAAAAUUAUAUAUCAUAAUAUUCCAUUAUUUUAUACCUUUGAUACAAAAACUAGAUUAUGGAAAAAACGAACACAGUAUACAGAGAAGAUUAUUGGUAGAAUGUAUACUGUUUCACUAUCAAAUAUAGAACGAUUCUCUCUCAGACUUUUACUUUUAUAUACACCUGCAGCUUUGGCAAGAGAAUUACUGGAUGAUAAUAAUGAAUGGAUUAAAUGUAUAGAUAAGGCAGCCCAAUGGCAAAUGCCAAAAGAAUUAAGGCAACUAUUUGCAUUAGUACUAAUUUGGAUUGCUUUAUUUUUGGCUUAUCAAAAUAUUAAUCAAAAAUUAGCACAAUUUCAAAAAUCUCUUGAAAAAGAUUUUAAUAUAUCAUUACCACUAAUUCAUGAUACAAUUAGCAAUGAAGAACAAAUUGAUAAAAACCAAGAAUAUGAAAUUG